AUGAAUUUUAAUCUAAAACACUCUUAAUAAGCAGUUCAAUAAUAUUCUACAGAAAUCAGAAAUUAGGAUAGGUUUUUUAUUUAAAUAAUAUUUUAGAGAAUCUAAGAUCAACUCUCUUAGAGAUAAGCAAAGAUAAAGAAAUUUGUAAGCAUAAAAAAAAGUCACUUAUGAUUUUAAAUAAUUUAAUUCUCUAAUCAAAUAGUUCCAAGAUUAAACAAUAUCAGAUGAGUUAAGAUUUGAAAUUCUAUAACCUGCUAUUCAUUUUACUGAUGAUGGUAUUUAUUAAAAUAUAAUUUUAGAUGAUAAUUCACAUUAUGCUAUUAAAAUGUUAUUGGAAGCAGAUGAUGUUGUUUAUUAAUUAAAAGAGACAGUUUAUAAUGAAAACAUCAAACUUGAAUAUAGAUGUGAUUCAUUACUAUUAUUGGCGUAAAUGAUGUAUAGCAAUUAUGAACUAUGUUCUGAGUUAUUAAAAUAAGGAAUUUUGUAAUUACUUAUUGAUUUAGUUAAAAUUUCAUUUUAUCAUGGUAAUCUUAUAUUCCUUAGUCAUUCUUUGUUGGGUUUGGCUAACAGUAUUACUCAUGAAUAAAAGAUUAGAACUAUAUAUAUUGAAAAUUAAUUAGAUUAAUUGAUUCUACAAAUUUUGUAGAAGUAUUUUGAUGAAAAUAUCAAAAAGUAUGUUGCCAGAAUUAUGAAUGAUUGGUUUAGAAGCAAACUAGAAAAUAUUAAUAUCGAUCUAUAUUUAUAGAUUUUGAAUCAUAUACUUAUUAUUCCUUCAGAAGAUAAUUGUGAAUAUAAAGAAAAUGUUAUAUGGUUUAUUUAUGGCUUUGUCAGCCAAGUUUUAGAUUAAAACAAAGAUAUAAGUGAUAAAUUUAUUUAAUAAAUUAUGAUACUACCAAAUUUAACUAGUUUUUUGAAAUAAAAAUUAUGUGAUAAAGAUUAACUUGGUAUUGUUGCUGGAAUUCGAACAAUAACUAAAAUAUUUAGAAAAGUUAGUGAUUAAAGUGGAUUAUAUGAUAUUUUCUAUGAUGAUCUUCGAAUAUUAUUUAGAAAUGGAUAAUAAUAUGAAGUUAAUUUAGCUAAAAUAGAAAUUUUAAAACUUAUGUAAGUUAUGCAUUUACAUCCUAAAUGUUCAAUAUUUUCAGAUGAAUUUUGUUCUACUUAACAUUACUAUUUCUAUAAUCUCAAGUGUCAAGAGUUUACAUUGUUGGGUUUAGAAAUUUGUAAUAUUGAAAUUUUCGAUCAAUAAUAAUUAACUAUUUUACUAAAUCUUUGUAAAAAUAUAUUAAUGACUGAUCUUAUUGAAUCUAAUAAAUUAUAGGCUGCACUUGUAAUUAUAUAAAAAAUACUCAAUUAUGAUAAUAGCUUUUAUCAUUAAAUUGCUGAUUGUAUGCGUUUAAUUGAACAAUUGUUAAAAAAUUAAAAUACCUAAAUAUUUUAAUCUGCUUCCAAUUUGAUUGACAAUUAUAAAUAGUUUAUGGGGCAAUGA